AAAGGUAUAUAUACGAUUAAAGAAUGGAGCCAUUGUAAAAAUAUGCAAUAUUUAUUUAUACGGCAAAAUAUUUAUCAUGUGAUGUCAUCCAUUUGCCAGCACUUAGCAACAAAAAUUUCGAAAGCAGAAUUUUAGAGCAAGAACAAAGCAAAUAAAGAAAAAAAAUGAAUACAUGUUUCUCUAGAUCGAAGAGGUGGGUAAACUAUUGCAUUAAUUCAACCCACAACCCUGCAACCACUUUGCCUUUUAGUAUCAUACUACUAUGUGUAAUAUAUGUGGUGCUGCAAUAUUAAAUUCUGUCCAAUUAGCGAAAAAAUUCUUCUCUGAAAUGCCAUACCGAGAAAAUAUUAUUAAUUUACCUUAUCUGUCUUAUCAGUUCAUAGGAUUACUCUUUUUUAUUUAACAUCAUUCAUUGUUAUGUUAAGUGAAUGAAUAUAUGUUUUCAAAUGGUAUUAAUCUAAUUUAAAUUGAAGCCUAUUAACAAGCAAACCAGCUGAGAAAAAUAACCUAUUGGCGUCAAACAUGUAAUGACUAAGACACAUGCUUGCAAAGAUAAUUUGCAUAUUUGUUUGUUAUACAAUAACAAGAAAAGCUCUGCCUACAACUGAAUGAGUCAUCAGGUAAUAAAAUGUCAUAUAACAUGGAUUCAGUUCAAUAAAUAUUCUGGUAUAUAAUUUUAUGUUUCAUCUUUCUUGCUUUUACUCCAAGAACUCUAUUUAUAGUAACUGAAAGUUGUGUUAUGACCGUAAUCAUGUUUCAUGUGUUAACGCUAUAAAAGAACAUGUGUUAAUUAAAAACAGCAAUUUCAAAUAAAAUAUAACUUGUAGUGUAUCACUGCAUUUUAUACAAGUGCAUCACUGUACAAUGUGUCAUAUGAAGUAAACAAUGAACAUAAGUUAUUAUUAUGAUAAGGAUGCAACAAGAUGACGUCAGAUAAGGAAGUAGUGAUAGUUGGGAACAUAUCAGGGAAACUAUUAAUCAUUUAGUCAUCAACUAAUACCGUUAUAAAGCAUACAAUACACGCUUGUAGGAUUUUCAGUAAAAUGAAUCAGAAUAUUAAGCUUUAUGUUGUAUAUUUAAGCUUGUUUCAUGUACUUAAUACAACAGGUAAUUUUAUCCACCUACCAGCAUCUGAUAACAAAACAACAAGAGCACUUGGUAUAAGCAACCUUAAGAUAUCAACAACAAUAUCAACAACUGGUGUUUCUAGCUGUGGAUGGAGAUAUGGGGGAGAGUUUGAUGUUAGUGGAUUUUAUUCUGGGUUUGGAUGCAGCAACUACACUGGUGUAAAUGAAACAAUCACUUGUGUUAACAAUAGUGGUACAGUGACAUCACAACUAACAUUGUUACAACCACAAUACAAGAAUUUGAAUAUAAACAUGCAAUGUUCUCCAUCACCAACUUAUUCAGUAAAUAUCACUCUAAAACAGUGCAGCGCAACAAACCAAGUUAAUGUGACAUCCAGCAAGAAUGAUUAUAACUCAAUUGGAAAUGCAUCAUGUCCAAGUGGAUCUGAGUUGUUUUAUAAAGUAAAUGGAUCAUUUGUAGUGGACAGAACAACAACCUGUAAUGCUUAUGCUGAAUGGACAAAUAUAAACAACAUGCAAUGUUCAAAAGGUCCAGGGACAUUAUUUAUUACUGGUAAUUACACUGGGGGAGUUAUUAGAGGAAACAAGAUUGCUUUGCAUUGCAGCUAUUCAGGGGAGACACCACCUGCAAAAUUUAGCAGAUUUUACUUUAACCAAAAAACAAGAAAUGUAUCAAGGUCAUCAACAUGGAUAUCACAUCCAUUACAAGCAAGUGACAACAACAAAGUAGUUGAAUGUAAAGCUGUCAAUCAAUACACAAACUACUUCAAUCAAAGUCACAGAGCAAUUAUUACACUCAAUGUCACUUACCCACCACAAGCAGUGGCAACUCACAUUACAGUGUCAAGAUUUCUGCUUAGGCUUCAAGAUAUUUAUUUAAUGAGAUCUGACCAGAUCCUUAAUAUGACCUGUUCGGCAAAUUCAAAUCCAAAUCCUGUUUACCGGUGGAAAAUUUGUCCAACAGCUACAGUGUGUAUUCAACAUAAUGGAAACUAUUACAUGGGUUCUGUGCCGCUAAAUACCAACUCAGUAUUCUGCCAGGCACAAAACUUUCUUGGAAUCACAAAAAGUCAACGGGUCAAUAUUACAGUAGUUUCAACAAACAGAUUAGUGAGCAUUCAGGCAACACCUAAUACAAGCCCAGAGAAUGGAAUGAAAUUGGAACGACAUCUCGGUCAUAACACUACAAUCACAUGCAGUGUUGACCAUCAAGGAAAACUAAACACAACUCAUGCAUUGAAACUACCUAAUGGAAGCAUUAUUACAAAACCAACUAUUGAACUGGCAGCACUGGCAACAACAGAUACCGGAAAUUAUAGCUGUGUUACUAAUGAUGUUUUUGGGAGCUUCAAUGGCUCAGUUUACAUUGAUGUUAUAUAUCCACCACAGACAGCCACACCUAUGGUUAUAUGCGAUUGGGUGAUUGGCAAUACUGGAUUUUGUGUCAUCACAUUUUUAUCCAAUCCACCCGUUAAUAUGAUUGAACUUAAAAAUGUUAAAGGUGAAAUAAUAGACCAGUCAAUACAAACUUCUCACUACAACACAGAAACACAGGUUUAUAACUUCACAGUACGAAAGGUAAUGGCUAAAGAUUUUGGAAAUCAUACUCUUAAAGUAAAAUCGACCAAGUUUCCAAGAAGUGGCCUAACUAUUACAGUUGUUAUAAAUGGUGUUGGAUUAGCUCCACCAGCAACAACCAACAGGGCACUUUUGAUUGCUGUCACAUCUGGGGCAUUUGUGUUACUUGUUAUUCUCAUUGUCAUUAUGUACAUUUUGUACAAGAAGAAGCAGAAAGGUGAGUUUUAUAAUCUGAAAGGAAAUAAAUGCUUCACAAGUAUUUAUGCAGGUGCUGCCAUCAUCAAAAGAAACAAUAGUGUUAACAGAGAAACGGUAACUCGAGCUGCUGAAGUUGAACCUCAUUAUGUUCCUGUCAACAUCAAUCUGUCGUAUAUUUCAAACACAGAAACCAACACAGAUCAGAAACCAAGAGCAAGAGAACCUGACUAUGUGAAUAUACAAACAGAUGUAGAAGUUACAGAGUUAAACAACGGUUAUGUUUCUUUGGCAAUACCUGUAGAAUCUACGGAAGCUGGGAACAGCAGUAAUGAUAUUCAAAACCCUUAUGAAGAUUUGAACACCAAAAGUACCAAAAACAAGAAAGCUGGUAAUAGCAGGAAUGACAAUCAAGCGUUUCAAAGCCCUUAUGAAGAUUUGAACACCAAACGUGUUAAGAACAAGAAAGUUGGUAAUAGCAGCAAUGAUAAUCAAGCGUUUCCAAGCCCUUAUGAAAAUUUGAACACCAAAAGUGAUAAAAACAAGAAGUCAAAAAUUUUAAAAAGAAUAAAACAACAAAAUGGAUCAGAAACAGAGACCAGAGGCCAAGCUACAGACCUUUAUGAUUAUUGAGUUUUUUUAACAUGUUUAAAUAUAUAGGUGUAAAAUUGAUCGGUUGCACAUGUGUGCUGACCAGUCCAACUUUUGAGACAUUUCUAAUCUUUGUGGCUAAGGUCCAUACCUAGGAUGAAACACAAUUCUGGCAGAAUAAAUAUUUAUGACUGAAACAGUGGGGAUUAGGUGCUGAUGAAUUUUAUAAUAAGGCCCAUGAUAUUUUGCGAUAACAGCCUAGUGCCACAUGGUAUCUGUCAAAUGAAACUAAAACGUAAAGGCUUUUAUAACUGGGUAUUUGAUAUAUUUUUAUAUUUUGUAAAAGCUUUGCUACUGUUCAAUUUUCUAUACAAUGCACAAAACAAAAAGAAUAACAUUAAAUUAAAUACACUGUAUAUCGAUACACAUUGCUGUACUUUUCUAACAGUAUCUAAAAGUGUUUAGUUUCACAGUAUUAAAGUAGUAUGGAGAUAAAUUUGGUCCUUUCAACGGUAACCUAAAUCUCAUUCUGGUAUGUGUAUAGCUACUGUUGCUUUAAUGAUGUUUGCAUUUUAUAUUUAGCUGUGAUCUAACUAUAUACAAAUACAUAUUUAUAUAUCA